GCACUGUAGGGCGCGCACAGUGCAGAAUGCAGGCUUUUCAUUGGUGUUGAAGAAAAGGAUCCUCUUGUUGGGACAGAGGUCACGCCGGUGUUGUCAGGACAACUGAACGCUCCGGCUGACCCACAUAUUUCCGGGUCUGCUAUUUACACUGAUUGAAGAAGGAUGUCAGACGUGGCGAAAGAGAAGGCGGCACGUCUUUUGAAGAAAAGAACCAGUGUGUCUUCACUCAGCAGCCAUGAAGUCAGAGCCAUUGGCAAGACCAAGGACUCCAUUAGCACAGUGUCCUACAUCGAUGAGCCAGGUCACCAUGAUGACAACCCCCGGCCCACCGUACAGAUGGAGAACACCUACCAGCUUGGUCCAGUGAAACGCUUCCCGGUGCUCACUGUCAACAAUAUUCUGAAGGAUGUGCUCACAAGUUAUCUACAGGAGGAGAAGUAUGAGGCUGAACUGUGUAGGCAGAUGACAAAGACGAUAUCUGAGGUUAUAAAAGCCAGAGUGAAAGACCUGAUGAUUCCACGCUACAAGAUCAUCGUGCAGAUCAACAUCGGGCAGCUGAGCAACCAGAACAUGCGCAUCGGCAGCCGGUGCCUGUGGGACCCUGGCAAUGACACAUUCUCCUCGUACGCCUUCAAGAACAGCUCCUUGUUCGCCGUCGCUAGCGUUUACGCUGUGUACUUUGAGUGACUUGGGCCACCUCUUGUGGAGGCCUUCUCAUCGCCUAUUGUCAUGUUUUUCAGGCUGAAAGGUAUCAGGGUGUUCCAUUCAUACCACUUAUACAUAGGGUUCACCCAGGUGACUUUUCAAUAACACUCCAUUUUCAUAAUGCCAAGUACAGCUAAUCCGGGCCCCAAGUGCAAGUCAAUUAGAUUAGAUGGCAUAUAGCUAUAAAUCACUAUAAGACCAACACGUGGGUGUACAACAAAACAGCUUUCUUGUGCACAUUCUCAGCAUAUGAAACAAUGUUUAUUAUACCAUAAUAGCAAAAUACAAUACAUGUAAAGCAUAUGCACUGUCUUUAUAUUUUUCUAAAUGCUGAAAAAUAUUGAAUGUACUCAAAAGGUAAUGCUUUUUACAUUUCAUAGUGGAACAAUGAGGGGAGGGUGCAUACUGUACAUAUACUGUAUGAGAACCUCCAGCCAAUUCCUCGUUUAAUUAGAUGCUUCUGUAUGCAGAAUGGCUGUUGUGACAGGAAGGCCACAAGCCAUCUUUUACACUGAGACAGAGGACUAAUCUUUAGAAUUUAUAAUCUCAUAAUGCAUGGCACAGUGCUUAAAAAUGUGAAUUGGACAGGGACAUUCAAUCUAACUGCUAUACCAAUUUAUACUUAAUUUUGAGUUAUGAAUUUUUAGAAAUGUAAGAUUUAGCAAUUCAACAUUUAAUUCAUGCAUCAUAACUUUUGGUGAUCAAUAUAGUAUAUAGAAAUGAUCAAGCAUCAAAAAUAAUAUCAUAUUUGUUUAAAAUCAUUAUUUUUUGGAAGAGCAUAGCAAAUAGACUGAAUGUCCUCUUGCACAUUUUAUUCUUAGAUAUUCCUUUUUCUUGCAAACUGAAUAAUUUUAUUCUUGUACAGUGCAAAUAAAAUAAGCAUUUUCUUUCGCAAAA